AUGUCGGCCCCCGACCGAUCGCCUUGUCGCAACUCCGAGACGUCGGAUGCCGCCUCUCUAACCCCUACCGCGACUUGCACCCUGCCCACACUGCAAGGUUUGCCCCUCCCAACCGCCACCGACACCACGACCCCCCUCCGCCAUGUGCACUCACUCGUCAUCUCACGGUUGAGAGACCGUCUCGUGAAGUCAAACAUCCAAUUUGACCAACAGGAAGUCAGCGCCACUGGCCUGAACUUCCUCUUUGAGACGGUCGGUGGUGACCUGGGCACUCCUGAGUCCUUCGCGUUUGCGUCGUACGAGCGAGCAACCACGCGUCAUCACCUCCUCUCUGACCAAGAGUUGGCGAGGGUUUUGGUGCUGGUGGAAUCUACGAGCAGUGAUCCGAACCCGCCAGAGGAUGAGCACGUCACCUACGUCCGCAGCUGGGCGCUCCAGGUCGAGGAGCUUGCCCUACUCGUCGAGGCGUGGGUCCAAGCCGGGAUCGCUGUCCCGGAGAGCUGGUCGUGGCUUGUCGAUGCCUUCGCCCAUGAAGAUCCGAACAAAGUCAUCUACGUACGUUACGUUGGUUCGACCCGUGGUCAGACGGCAUACAAUCGGUUUAUCGAGGACCGUUGUCAGCGCAAGACCGGCAUCGUCGGCGAGUUUCUGGGCACGCUGCUCGAGGUCGCUCCCCGAGCCUACGAGCACGGAAAGACGUUCGAGGUGCGUUCCGAGAUGGUAUCUACUUUUCGGUUAGAGUUUCUUGACCUGAGCGAAUGGUUGUACACUUUAUGCCACAGAUCCGAAAUGCUCGUCUGCCGUCGUAUCACGAAGGACGAAGAUAG